UAGAUUUUCUAUAUGUUUCUGUUAAUAAAACUAAAAUUUCUUUAACAGGUCACGCAGUGUGCAAUUUGUGGAACUUGAACUAGCAUAAUGGCUGCGGGAUCUCAAGAGACAUCAUAUACUGUACAUGAUUUAAUCCAGAAGAGUGAAUUAAUCAGUGAAGGUCCACCUAAACGAUUUCAUCUCAUCACUACAAGAAGUAAUCUUGGUGAAAACGGCUCAGUGAGAAAAUGGACAUUUGGACAGAGAGACAUCAAUAUGCAAAACAAAAUCCUGCUAAUGGUAGGAGAAACUGGAACAGGCAAAACUACUCUGAUUAAUGCCAUGACUAAUUAUAUACUCGGGGUAACGUUUACAGAUGAAGUGUGGUUUGAGAUCACAGAGGAGGGAAGAGAGAAUCAGUCAGAUCAGUCAAAAAGUCAAACAACUGAAAUUUCUGUGUAUGAGGUGUUUGCCCAGAACAACCCAAUCUGUCUGACCAUCAUUGACACUCCAGGUUAUGGAGACACCAGGGGAACAGAAUAUGACAAACAGAUAGCCGAGAAUCUGUACAAUCUGUUUCACUGUGACGGUGGAGUGAAAGAAAUUGAUGCAGUGUGUCUGGUAGUGAAGGCAUCUGAGAAUCGACUCUCUGACAGACAGCAUUACAUCUUUGAUGCAGUUUUGUCCUUAUUUGGUAAAGACAUAGAGAGCAACAUUGUGAUAUUUAUCACUCACUCAGAUGGAGCGCCUCCAGAUGAUGCUCUUAAUGCCAUCAAGAAAGCAGGGAUUCCCUGCAGGAAAGAUGAAGAUAAUGAACCUGAGCAUUUCUUAUUUAACAAUCGCCAAACAAAAAAGAGAAGCAACAAGUAUAACAAAGAUUUCCAGAGAGCUUGGGAUCUAACAGAGGACACUUUAAAUGAGUUCUUUGACUUACUAUGUAAACAGAUCAGAAAAAGUUUAGUGCAGACUGAAACUGUUCUGACUGAGUCGAUACGACUUGAAGCCUGUAUUUCUAAUCUACAAAACCGUAUUGAGUUUAUAGAGUUCAAAAGUAAAGAACUCACUCAGAUUCAGAAAGCUCUUGAGGAAAACCACGAAAAGAUUAAGCGAGAUGAAAACUUUACUUUUACAGUGAACAAAUGUUACAAAGAAAAAGUGCCCAUUGAAGAUGCUUCAUGGAGGAACAGAAAGGUGACCAGUUGCUCUGUCUGUGAGGAGAACUGUCAUGAGUACAAUUGCUGGUGUGCCCUGAAUGCCAGGUUGUGUAAAGUCAUAAAAAAAGGCUACUGCACUGUAUGUACAGGCAAAUGUCACUACACUGAACAUGUCAAAGAGAACAAGAAAUAUGUUACAUGCAGUGAAAACAGCAACAUGACAUUUGAUGAACUUAAAAUACAAUAUGAAGGUUGCGGUAAUCCAGAAUCAGAUACCAAGUUUGACUCUGAGUCCUUUGAGAAUGCAAAAAAGGACUUUGAAAGCAAAAAGAAAAAGGAAGAGGAGAAGAACAGCAUAGAGGAAAGACUGCAAGAAGAACUGACUGAGAAAGAAAAAGAAAAAGCUGAGCUGGUGGAAGAAGCCUUCAACAGCAUCAUGAAACUGUCACAGAUUGCUCUGAAGUCAGACUCUGCUUUCAUUGUGCAAUCUCUUGAUUUCUUGAUCCCUCGAGCUGAGGAAUCUGGAAGAAAUAUUCUUGCUAAGAAUCUAAGAGAGCUAAGGAAGAUUCAGCCUGAAUCAGAGGAAAGAGUUCACGAUGCAAUUGAGUAUGCAAGAGCAGGUUUAAAUAAAAUGAAAGAUUUUAUUAGUGGUAAAUAAAUGAAUGCAAGAGAUUAAAUAUGUUCGUGUAACAUGAUGUAAUACAUAUGGUAUAAUGAACAUGUCUGCAUCAAGAAAGCAAAAUUUUCUUCAGUUAAUCAAAUACAUUGUGUUUAUUCAGUAAUGCUAAUGUUAAAGAUUUAAUAUUUUACAUUAAACUGCU